AUGCAUAACAACCAUGACACAAAAGGCUCACAUCCGAUUGUUGUCGUCAUCGGUGUUGCUUGGAUCUCCGUCGUCGUGGGAUUUUCCCAUGGUGGGUCAUCGUCGCGGGUGUUCUCCGAUUGUUUUUCGGUUGGUUUUCGUCGGUGCGUGCGUGUUCUCGGGGUGUUCUUCGUCGGUGUGUGGGUGUUCUUUGCAUGGGCGUUCUCCGUUGUUCUUUGCCAGUGCGUGGGUGUUCUCCAUUGUUCUUCGCGUGUUCUUCCGGUGGUUGUUCAUCGUGGUUGGGCGUUGUUCUUUUGGUUGUUCGUCAUGUUAUGGGUUUUGGAUGUAGAUACCGAUUUCAUGGAUCCCCAACAAUGUGCUACAAUUUCUUGUGAUAUUUACAAGCACUUACGAGCAUCUGAAGCAAAGAAAAGGCCUUCUACAGAUUUCAUAGAGAAAAUUCAGAAGGAAAUAAAUUUAAAUAUGUGUGGCAUACUGAUUGAAUUACUUGUGGAGGUAGCAGAAGAGUAUAGGCUCGUGCCAGAUACUCUAUAUUUGACAGUGAACUACAUUGAUCGAUACCUAUCAGGAAAUUCGAUGGAUCGGCAACGAUUACAGUUGCUUGGUGUUGAUUGCAUGAUGAUUGCUUCAAAAUAUGAAGAGAUCUGUGCACCUCAAGUGGAAGAAUUUUGUUAUAUAACUGAUAACACAUAUUUUAAAGAAGAGGUAUUGCAAAUGGAAUCUUCUGUCUUGAACAACUUGAUGUUCAAAAUGACAGCUCCAACACCAAAAUGUUUCUCAAGGCGAUUUGUUCGUGCUGCUCAAGGCUCCACCGACGAGGUUUCAUCAAUGCAGUUGGAAUGCUUGGCCAGCUUCCUUGCCGGAUUAUCUCUUUUAGAAUACAAUAUGCUUUGUUACGCACCAUCACUUGUAGCUGCCUCGGCGAUCUUCUUGGCAAAGUUCAUACUACUUCCAACUAAGAGACCAUGGGUAUGCCACUCAUCUAUGUUUUCUUCCCUACCAUUUUAUAUAUUCGAUCUAGAAAUUUAGCUAACAACCUAGAAUUGACUAAUUUUGACCAAUUAGUUCUUAUUCCAUAUAACACAGGGUAAGUAAAUACAAGUUCUUUAGUUAUUUUUAAUUGCAUUAUAUGCUUAUUAAUAUUUCAAACUUGUUGCUUAUUAUAG